CAACGUCAGUUCACAGCUGUAAAUUGUUUAUCCACAACUCUAUCUUUAUAAUUUAUCAAUUUCUAUUUUCACCAAUAGAAACGAUUUAAGAAAAUGAAUGAAGAAAUAGAUGAAUAUGAUAUUUAUCAUCAAGAUUUUACUACUGCAUCAGACUGGGAAGUACUCAUUGCGCGUAUAGAAGAGAUAGUUUUCGAAUGGCGCCUGGCUAAAUCUAAACUGCUUAAAAGGUCCGAAUAUACAAAAAAGUGGAUUACCAAAUCAGAAGAAAUAAUAUUUCGGGGAUCACGUUAUACUCUUUCAUACCAUGCACUCGAACCUAGUAAAAGUGAAAAUGUAGGAAAUGAUGAAAAGUCUUUGUUAUCAGAAUUACACGAAGGUCUUUGGAACUCGACAGCAAAUUUUAUGGACGAUUCAGACGGCAGCCCCUUUCCUGUAUCUCAAUGGUUUGGGUUAAAAAGAUAUCUUAUGUUGUGCCCAGAGUCACCCCUUGUUGAUGGGAGUCUUAUUAGGCUUAUUAUGAGCUCUGUUAAUAUAGCGUUUGCAAAUAUAGACUGUGGUGUUGCAUUCUUUGUCAAAGUAAGAGAGCAUUGGCAACAUUCCUAUUUAGGUAUAUUUGAAGAUAAUGAACACAAAGUAAGUUUUAAUACAAUACAUCUAAAGCGUAUAUCAAAUCAGUGCUCUCAUCUCAGUGGCCUUGUCAGCUUGUUUAAGUCUAAAAUAGCUUCACCAGUUCCUCUUGAUGCUGUGGUGUUAGCUACUAAGUUUUCAUACGAGUUAAAAGAUUUGGAUUCUUUUGCUUGGAAAAGAGAAAGUUUCUCAAAUGAAUUUUUGUCAAUUGAUGGCUUUGAUGUUAAAAAGUUAAUAGAGCUCCCUUUUGGAUCAGAAAACAAUCCACUACAAAGUGCAUUUCUUAAUGCAAUAUGGCCUCGUUUCCUUGAAUGUGCUAUAGUUGAAUCUUCCAAAUUUUCUGAUAUAGAUCCUAUUAUGGCACCUACAUGGACAAUUACUUUAAAAUUAAAAAAUGAUUUAAGUUGUCAACUGUCAGAAAUUAUUGGAAAAGUGAUGGGAUUAUUAGAUAAUAACUAUCUCCUUAUGGACACAUUGGGGUUAAGUAAAAGUUUAGGUUUAGUGAAUCCAUUAAAUAAGAUUACAGAAGCUCCCAUAACAAUAUCAAAGCUGGUUAAAGCUGCUGUAGGAAGAAAUACUCAAACAUCUGAAUUCAAGGGUCCAAUUUCAGAUGAUUUGUUAAUGCCAUUGUUAUAUUAUGUAUUUCCUGAUGCAGUUGAAGACAAUAACUUUUCUUAUUCUGAUAAUCUAGAAAUUGAUUCCAAAAAGGAUAGCAAUGAACCAAAACUGUGCAGUUAUGUGAAAACAAGUCCCAAAGAUGGUCUUGUUUGGAGGUUGUCUGUAACCGCUGCUCGGUUAAUGGAUGCAGGUGGACUCCCGUAUUUAGCUCAUUUCUGGUAUGAGUUUAUACAAGAGCUCCGGUAUAGGUGGGAGCACAGAGUACUUGUGCCAGGGGUCGUCGAAGGUGAACCUAACGCUCGGACAUGUUUGUUGCAUCAGAAGUUACAGCUUUUAAAUUGUUGCAUUAAACGAGCUCAAGGCGGGUCUAACAAUACUACAGGAAAUUCAUCUGAUGAAGAGUUUUUCGACUGCUCAGAGAAUGAAGAAAUAGAUGAUCAAUUACCUUGGGACCGACCGGUUGGGCGUCUGCAUCGACUUGAAGACGUUACUUUAAAAAAUGGAGCGCCAUUGUACAUUCCUCGUACUCAGGAUCCGGCUCCCAAAACCGAAGAUCAAUUAGAAGAAGAUGCCGAAUUAAUGGUUAGAUUAGGUGACGAUGCUAAGGCAUCAGAACUUCGUGCUAAGAUGAUGAGCGCCUCCCUUCUUUCAGACAUGGAAGCUUUUAAAGCUGCUAAUCCUGGUUCAGAGCUUUGUGACUUUGUGCGUUGGUAUUCUCCCAGGGAUUGGAAACCGGACAAUGGUGGUUCCUUGGGAGACCGCAUGCUUUUACCGGGAAAUCCUUGGGUUGAAGCUUGGAAUGUAGCGCGACCGGUUCCAGCAGCAAGACAACGACGUCUGUUCGAUGAAACGCGAGAAGCAGAGCAAGUUUUACAUUUUCUUCGAUCGCGGACAGUAGGAGCGGUAGCAGAACUUCUACUACCCGCUAUAUUGAAGGCCGGUGCAUUAAAAGCUAUUUCGGAAGGAGUCACUGCAACAAGCUCUUCAAUUGGAGGUGUCGAUAAAAGACGUACUUUUGAAAUUGCAGCAAGAGAGUUAUUUGAUGCCGAAAAAGAAGCCUGUCGAUCUAUUUGUAUGCGAAAAGUGUUAGGUAGUAGUGCAGAAGGUCAGCCUUUAGACGCUGCCGGUAGAACGAGAAUUUUAUCUGCCAUGGGCGGCGCUUUACCUGCGCCUACGCGUCGUGAAUUCACGUUGAGGGUAAAAGACGAAGUCGCUCCGCAAGUGAUGCGCGCAGCUCUCUCUAAUGACAUGACGAUUGUAGGAGCUUUCACUGAACGUACCGUUUGCUUAUAGACCCUGUUAUAGCUGUUAUGAGACAUAAUUUAUUUGAGUAAUUCCAAGGUCAAUUUUAGUGAUUUCUAUUCCGAUUAAAAUUUUGCUUUUUCUACUGGAAUUGAUAAUUUUUGUACAUUUAUCUUUUUUAUAAUAAUCAUAUGUCAGAUUUUCAUUAAUUCUUUGCGAAAUAAAAACAUUUGACAAAAUUAAGUAAACACAACUACAAAUCUUUUUAGUCUACUUUAUGUCUAGUUACAAUAAAAGAGUCAAUAAAUUAGAUAGAUAUCAAUAAUAUUAUUAAUUAGAAUGGCUAGCUUGAUAAUAAGAUUAUUGAUUAAAAUAAGUAGAAGUAUUGUUGGGAUUGCGGGAUAUACGUAAAACGUUAAUUGUUGUGAAAUAGCUGAUAUUUUGUAAGGAGAACGUUCUAUAUGAUUUAUUAUUAAAAUAUAUUGAUUGUUUCGUGA